AUGCUAAGCAAGUUUCUGGGCCCACGCUAUCAGAAACUGGCCAAGAACUGGAUCCCCACUGCCAGCAUGUGGGGUGCCGUGGGUGCCGUGGGGCUGGUGUGGGCCACAGGCUGGCGUUUGAUCCUGGACUGGGUACCUUACAUCAACGGCAAGUUUAAGAAGGAUGAUUAA